AUGGCGCCCACAGCGGCCGAUCCAAAAGAUCUCAAACUUAUUCUCAACCCUGCACGUCGAAGAGCCCUCAACAUCCUAAUCGGAUCCAUCACAGAACACAUGCGCAAAAUAAUUACAGAUUCUUUUUCUAACCCCUCAAAUCAACCAAACUCCAAUCUAAACAACAACAUUGCAGGAUCUAAUCCAAAUGUCUCUUCCUACCCAAAUGUCCACUAUUCCAACACCUCCUCGCCCGCUUCAACACCAACUUCGGAACGCGCUCAAGAAACAGCCCCACAACGCCGUCUUGAAGCCCGUCUAAAUCAAAAUCUUUCAAGGCCCAAACUACAAGCUUUGGAAAAAGCAGCUCUGAAUUACUUCGAUUCUUGGCGUGAUUCAAUUAUCACACAAUUAGGCAAAAUUUUGAAUUCCCCAGAUGAUCCCCGUGCAGAUCAAAAAAAGAAAGAGUUUCUCGCUUCGAGGCCGCCGCCUCCUUAUAGCCCCGCUUCCAAUAACAACAAUGAACAAAGCAAAGACAUCCUAGCUUUCCAGACCCUCUACCCUCCAAUCCCCACCCGUCUAACUACCAUUUCCCUUCAAGACCGCAUCCACAUAGUCUCAAGUCUUCUCAUUAUCGUUCUCUCCCUCGGAACCUACUCUGCCCAUUCCCGCGUUCUUCUCUGCACACUCACUAGUUCCCUCUCUCUCCCCCCUUCCCUCCUCACCCACGAGGAAAUCCAAACCUCGCGCACUCUCCUUCUAGCCUCCAAAGCUGCCCUCAACGCCGACGCCGAAACCGCCGCUCGCGCAACCCAGAAUACGUCUUCCCGUCGUUGGAAAGUCGGGCUUGCCUCUGUAGCAGGCGCCGCUUUGAUCGGUGUCACCGGCGGGCUUGCGGCUCCCGUAGUCGCUGGUGCUAUUGGGGGACUCAUGGGCUCGGUUGGUUUAGGAGGCUUGGCGUCUUUCCUGGGCGUUUUUUGUAUGAAUGGGGCGCUGGUGGGAACGUUUUUUGGAGCGUACGGAGCACGGAUGACGGGGGAAAUGAUGGAUAAGUAUGCGAGGGAGGUGGAGGAUUUUAAGUUUCUGGAUGUUAAAGGAGAAUGGGGGGAAUUUGGGACGAAAGAGGAAGAAGAGGUGGAGAAAAGGAGGUUGAGGGUGCUGAUUGGGGUUAAUGGGUGGGUGGGGGAGGAGAGGGACAUUAUUAGGCCGUGGAGAAAACUUGCUACAAGCGAGGGAGACGAGGAUAAUGGGCAUGGAUGUGAGGUUUUUGCGCUGAGGUAUGAAACCAAUGCAUUGGUAGAGUUGGGAAAUAGUUUGAAGGAUACGGUUGGGAGUUAUGCGUGGUCGAUGGUUAAAAUGGAGAUCUUGAAACGGACCGUUCUGGCUACUUUAUGGGGAGCAUUGUGGCCAGUCUACUUAUUGAAGAUGGCUACUGGGAUUGAUAAUCCUUUUGCGAGAGCUAAGAGAAGGGCCGAGAAAGCUGGAGAAGUCCUGGCCGACGCGCUCAUCAAUAGAGCUCAAGGAGAACGUCCGGUUAUGCUAGUUGGAUACUCAUUAGGGAGUCGGGUAAUCUACUCGUGCCUCCGCUCUCUCGCCGAACGCCACGCCUUCGGUCUCAUCGACAGUGUGGUGCUAAUCGGCUCUCCAAUCCCCUCGUCGACUCUUUCCCUUCUCCCCCUCCGCACCGUCAUCUCCGGACCCCUCUUGAACGUUUACAACCCCUCUGAUCUUCUCCUCGCCUUCCUCUACCGUUUCACCUCCCUACAGUACGGAAUUUCUGGUCUACAACCAAUUGAGCACAUUGAAGGCGUCACCAAUAUCGACGUGAGUUCUAAACUCAAUUCGCACCUGAAAUACGAAGGGGUCAUUGAUAGGGUUUUGGGGACCUACGUAUUUCCCAGCAUGAGUAGUGUUAAUGAGGAGAAAUGGGAGAAUGGAGGAGAGGGAGAAGAAGGCAUUUCAAUGAUUGAUGGCGAGGGCCGGGUCAAGAAGGAUGGAAUAGAGGAAGAGCUAUUGAUUGAUUUUGGAGAGGUAGCGGAACUGGAAGCCCAUGUUCCAUUGCCAUCCGGACAAUUGGAUAACAAGAAUUCCAACAUCCCUUCGACUACUAGUAACUCGUAUGAUCUGGAAGACUUAUUAGGCUCGCCAGCAACCCCGACAGAAACAGUCACAAGUACGACUAAAAGUAUCUCAGGUACUCAUUUCGCUUCACACUCAAACGGCACUAUAUCACCCAGCAUUACCACAACCACAGCUACACUUGCCACACCAAAUACCACCACUCCUUCCUCGCCAUCUCCUUCUUAUUAUUCAUGCUCCGAAGACGAAGGAGGAAUCAAAAUGAUCGACAACGAUGAUGAUCUAGAUAUGCAUAUACAAUUGACCGCUCCAGAAACCCCAUCUACGUCAUCCAAGAAUGAGGUUUGA